UUCUCUACCAAACCCUACGAAAGAAAGGCUUUCUCUCAACAUUUCUUCCCUUUCUUCCUUUCUCAAUCUCAUCAAUUUCUUCCCUCUCUUCUCUGAUUAGUUGUCGUCCCCACCAUCACAGCCAUCUCUCAUACCCAGCUUGUGCUCGUUCGUCGUCGUAUUUCUUGUAUCAUUUAAAAAAUCUUCAUUCUCUCACUUUGCAUCUAACCAUUAGGAUGUGGCGCAAAAUUUCCUGUUCAAUGGCAUCGACGAGCUUGAAAGCAAAAGGUUUCUGAAUUACUUUCCGGAGUUUCGCUGCGAACAUGGUACAAUCAACACGAAACGUAGUAUGGCAGGAAAGUCUUACGAACAUCGACCUUGGGAUGAAAGAGGUGAAUUUAUUGGAGAUACUAUCAAAAGUUGAUGUGAUUAAGGGGGUUUCCCAUGUACAAAGUAGAAGAAUGGGCAGUAAACUGAAGUUUGAACUUGAGAGAUUUCUCAAUUUUGAUUUGUGUUCUUCUCCCUAUACUCAAACAAAUAAACACAAAGAAGGACGCUGAGCUAGAAACAGAGGCCAUGGUUCUGCUGUGACUUCAGUUUUCUGUUGUGUUGGCGCACUUGCUAUAAUGGGUUCUCUACAACAUAUUGACAAGGAUCUCCUUGUCUAGUGAUUAUGUGAGCGGCAAGUCAAAUCUGGAGGUCCUAGUGGUCGACCCGAGAAACUUCUUGAAUGUGGGUUCGAACUCCUAUUACAUACUCUAACCAAUUCUUGGCUUGGAAGUUAUUCAUACUCUCCCACUCACCAACUUCAUUGUGUUGCUUCAGUUUUGCUACUCACGGACACAGAAAAUGAUGGUAUUUCAGACAGAUCGGAUGGUGCUGUUGAUGUCUACCACACGUGCUUGAACAGAAUUUUCUUGAGCAAAAAAAUAGUAUCCUCCAACGCUAUCGAUUGAAUUAAAUUAUUAUUCUUUCAGAGAUUAGACGAUGCAUGUCAUGGAGGGAUUUUAAGGAGUACAUUGAUUUGAACACCAACUUUGUAAUUGUUUCACCUUGUUUUUCUUUGUAGAUGUCUGUUUCAUUUUAAAUUUAGUGAAUGGCAAUACUUUUAUGAAGCCUGACAAUAUCACAGGGAUACUUGCUGUAGCUUACUAUAGAAUGAGUCAUUUUAUAUGUAGCAGUUGAACAUAAAGUUCCUUUACAAUAAGAAAUGAAAACGGGAAGACUUGUGUGGUCUAUGAAAUCUUCCUUUAGGUGUUAAUCGGGAUUUUGCCACCUGCUCCUUACAAAAAGAAGUAUCAUGUCCAAAAAUAGACUAAAGUUCCUAGUGUUAGUUCCUAAUAGACUUGCCUCUGAUUUUCUAGACAAGUAUAUAUUUCUGGCUGUUGGAAGAGUGGGUUCGAGCACUGAUCUAAUUGCUCAAAGAGUUGAGUAUGUUCAUGAACCUCACAAGAGAAGUCAUUUAUUGGACCUUCUUCACGCACAGAGGGCAAAUGGUGUGCAGGGCAAGCAAUCUCUUACUCUGGUUUUUGUGGAGACAAAGAAGGGAGCUGAUGCUCUUGAACAUUGGUUAUGCCUCAAUGGUUUUCCUGCCACUACCAUUCAUGGUGAUAGAACACAACAGGGAGCUAUCACUAAACAAAUGACUACAAUAGAAGAAAUGGUUGCAAGUGAGUACAAUUAGCCAGACCCUCAUCUUUAUGACAAGAUCUUGAAGAUGGUCAUUUGUGAAGCGUUCUAGUUUGCUAUUAGUUUCAGUUUUAGUUAUUGCUCUCUCAAUAUAUUCUUUUUCUUUCUUUCUUUCUUUCUUUUUUCCAAAGGAUGAUUAGUGUAUAAUAAUUAAGAUUCAUAAUUUCUUUGUCUU